AUGGAAAGAAUACUAAGGAAACGCUCUGCAUCCCGUAAAGCUCAGACAAUUUGUAGAAAUCAUUCUAUUGGUAAGAAACUAAGAAUAGAGUCCCCUCAAAAUGAUGGCUUAGCAGAUCAUGUUAAUGAAGAUAUAAAUAGUUCUACUGUGGCAAACAUUGUAGAAAUUGUCUCUUUAAAACAAACUGACCAAUUCAAUAAGGAAGUCACUAAACUUCUACCAUUACAAAAAAGUUUAAUUAUCGGGAUGGAAGAAAAUAAAGAUGCCAUGAAAGAUUUGAAUAUUGAUAAUGAUAAUAGUGAAACCAAAACAGAUUAUGGACAAGACAGAAUUGUGAUAGCUCAAGAACAUCAUAUUGUUAUUCCUUCUUAUUCAGCAUGGUUUGAUCACCAUUCCAUUCAUGCUGUUGAAAAGCGGGCAGUACCAGAAUUUUUCAAUGGUAAAAACAAGUCUAAGACACCAGAUAUAUAUUUAGCAUAUAGAAAUUUCAUGAUAGAUACUUAUCGCCUCAACCCAAUAGAAUAUAUAACUAGUACUGCUUGCAGAAGAAACCUUGCAGGGGAUGUUUGUGCCAUAAUGAGAGUUCAUGCUUUUCUUGAACAAUGGGGGUUGAUCAACUACCAAGUAGAUACUGAAUCCAAACCAACACCCAUGGGUCCUCCAUCUACUUCUCAUUUCCAUAUUCUGUCUGAUACUCAAAGAGAUCUCCAAUCUAUUAACACUCCAAAAAAACUAUCAGUUAAAAGAAAAAGAAAUUUCAUGAAUCUUGAUAAAACUAAAAUUAGGAAAUCAAAAUCUGCUGCUGAGAUGGGCAACUUUGGAUUAAAAUUAGACCAGUAUGCUAAAAAAUCUAAUUCGUUCAGACAGAAGGGAGUAAAAUCUGUAAGAGGAGAUUGGACAGAUCAGGAGACUCUUCUUCUUCUGGAAGGAUUGGAAAUGUAUAAAAAUGAUUGGAAUAAAGUCAGUGAUCAUGUAGGUUCUCGCAGUCAAAAUGAAUGCAUUCUUCAUUUUCUCAGAUUACCAAUUGAAGAUCCUUACUUAGAAAGACCAGGUAGUGGAAGUAUUUUAGGACCUUUAGCAUAUGAACCCAUUCCAUUUAGUGAUAUGGGAAAUCCAGUCAUGUCAACUGUAGCAUUUUUAGCAUCUAUUGUAGAUCCUAAGGUAGCAGCAGCAGCUGUUAAGUCAGCUAUGGAUGAAUUUUCUACUAUUCAAGAUGCAGUAAUUACAGAUUCAAAUGUUAAAACUUUUAAACCUUCUAGUGGUAAUUAUAAGGAACCAUCUAAUUUAAAAGUAAGUGAUAAGACUGUUAAUAUACGUGGUAAUGAUUAUGAAUGUGAAGAUAAAGAAAAUUAUGAAGGUAAUGGAAAAUCUCAAGAGAAAAAUGAAGGUAAUAUAUUGAGUACAGUUAAAGAAGAUGAAAAACUGCACAGAUAUACCAAAAACAAUGAAUUUAGAAAACAUAGUGAAAUACAGAGUGCAGCUGCUGAUGUAUUAGCUACUGCAGCAGUUAAAGCUAAACAUUUAGCUUCAAUAGAGGAAAGGCAGAUACAAUUUUCUACAGCUGUACUUCUAAACACUCAAAUGAAAAAACUUGAAAUCAAAUUAAGAUGCUUUGAUGAACUGAACAAAACUUUGGAAAAAGAAAUAGAAAGAUUUGAACACCAAAGGCACCAACUUAUAAUAGAAAUACAGGAUUUUAACAUGGAACAACUAAAAGCUGCUCAAAUUAUACAAAAUCAAGACACAUAG